AUGGGAAGCUUAACAGAACCUGCUCCACAGAUCCAGGCUAAACCUGCCAAAUGUUUGACAGUGACUGCUGUGAAGGACUUUGGGGAGUGGAACUUAGAGGCUGGAGCACUGGUGCUUGCAGAUGGAGGCCUUUGUUGCAUUGACGAGUUCAAUAGUAUCAAAGAACAUGACAGAACCAGUAUCCAUGAAGCAAUGGAACAACAAACCAUCAGUGUUGCAAAAGCAGGCUUGGUGUGCAAGCUUAAUACAAGGACAACUAUCCUGGCAGCAACAAACCCGAAAGGCCAUUAUGAUCCUCAUGAGUCUGUCUCUGUCAACAUAGCCCUUGGCAGUCCCCUGUUGAGCAGAUUUGACCUGGUCUUAGUCUUGUUAGACACAAAGAACGAAGAAUGGGACCGCAUCAUUUCAUCCUUCAUCUUGCAAAAUAAAGGUUGCCCAAGCAAAUCAGAAAAGCUCUGGAGCAUGGAGAAGAUGAAAACCUACUUCUGCCUUAUAAAAAGUAUACAGCCAAAAUUGUCUGAGGAGAGCAACCUGAUCCUCGUACGCUACUAUCAAAUGCAGCGUCAGAGCGACUGCAGAAACGCCGCCCGAACUACCAUCCGCCUGUUGGAGAGUUUGAUACGCCUCGCAGAAGCUCAUGCCCGGUUGAUGUUUAGGGAUACGGUGACUUUGGAAGAUGCUGUAACUGUGGUAUCAGUGAUGGAAUCUUCUAUGCAGGGGGGUGCACUUCUCGGAGGCAUCAACGCCUUACACACCUCAUUUCCAGAAAACCCAAUGGGGCAGUACCGGACACAGUGCGAACUCAUAUUGGAGCGACUGGAGCUGCGAGAUCUUCUGCACAAAGAGCUACAAAGACUUGACAGGUUACAAAAGGAGAAUUCAUGCCAGCUGCAGCCUGAAGAGACAAGUUCCAGUACUAUUACAAUAUGCUUGAACAAGGAUACAUUUGGGCACUCAAAGCAAGUAUCUCUGUCAGAACCUUCAAACCUACAAGAGAACAGCUCCAGGCCACAGCCUUCCUUGCCUGAAGGCAACUGUGAAGGGGACGUACAUCUAGAACCCCUGUGCAACCUGGCACAUGGUAAUAACAAAACCAAAAACCACUUGAUUAAAUGUAAGAGAGGUGAUGAUGGCAGCCUGGCAUGGUUUGAUAGCCUGGAAGAGAGCAACACUGAUGCUGAAGAAACUUUUCAGAAAAAGUCUCCGGUGCCCAAGAUAUCUCCAAAUAACUCGGCUUCACAACCCCUGUCUGAAACAUCCUGUUCUGAAGAAAGAAGUGCUUCAAUACCAAGGAAGGGAAAUGGAAUGAGAGGAUCACUAGCAUCUGUGAAUCUACAUGCUCCUUUGGAACAGGACAAAGUUUCCAAGAUAAACAGGAAAAGGGCUGAAGAACACAACUGUUUUUCUUCAGAAGCAAAUAUUCAAGGCCCAGCAUCACCAAAUGCCAGUGUGCAGGAUGCAGUUAUUACGCAGCGGGUUCCUAAAAGCUGUCGGAGACUGCACACGGAGAAAUCACGCGGAUUCUUUACAAGUACACAGGACCCCGAGGCAAAGGCCCUUCCUUCAGUGUUACCUGCCUCUGGCCUGCUGGAUCUUUCAAGUGAGGCAGAUUCUGUGCUAGGGGAGGAAAAAAGCAGCAUAUCUGUAGCAGCAAAAACCACAGCAAUUUCUAUAAGAAAACGAAAUAAAGGUCAAAUAGCGAAGGAAACAAAGGUAGUGAGUUCCCAUGAGCCAGAAAUCCUUGAUGGUGAAAGUCCUCCAGCUGCUAAACUAGCUAAGUUUUCUUUCAGAUCAAGGACAAAACUUGAUCAUUCUUCAGAGAAGAAAAAUGAAGAAUUUUCUGUUUCUCAGAGUGAAGCUAUUUUUAGGCCUGGAGAGCAGGUCCGGGGAGAGCAGCUGUCAGAAGAAUGCUGCCCCCCUGAGAAAUCCAAGAUGACACUGACUAGCUUAGGAAAAAAUAGUUUGGAAAAACAAUCAAUUGAUAAUAAAGGGAGAGAAGAGCAGCAGAGUCAGGCCUCAGCGAAAGAGAUCAGAGGAAGUGCAGCAAUGUGCUCUGAUGUCAUUUUUGCUGACUUGCCAUCUGCAUCCACUGCAAAGAAAAGGGAGGGAGAGGAGAUGCUUGGUGGCCCGAGCACAGGGAAGGUGAGCUCCAGCACAUUAGCCAAACUGUCGACAUUCUCCUUUGCAUCACGUCCUGAGUCAAAAUUGGAAACCUCACCUACCGCUAAGGCUGACGCUAACAAGGAGCGCCGUAGCCCGUUGCUGAAGGUACCUGUGAGCAAUCCUGGCAGAAGGAAGAGUUUUGCACUGGGAAGUGCCACUAAAGCCAGUGUGGUCACACGGAAACCUCUCUUCUCAAUAGCAGAGCUAGAUGAUGCUACAUUAGAUUUUGAUUGGGAUGAAGAGGUUAGGAAAAAUCCAAUCACAUAA